UUUACUUCGUGUCAAAAUAACUUUAAUAACAUAUUAAAGUUAUUUAAUAUGGUGGAUGAACAAAGUGAAAAUGUUGUGUACGUCGAAUUGGCACCUAAUAUUCUAGUUCCUCAAGAAUGGCCUAUAUGCAGGAUAGAAACAUUUCUUUUGAAAGUAAUUGAAAAAUUAAUAAAUCAUUGCCAGCAUACGAACCCCAUUCUUCAAGUGACAAAUAUACCAGCCCGGUUGGUCAGACGUGAAGCCAUAAAUGGGAUGUGUUAUAUUUUUAAAAAAGUGUCCAAUGAACAAACAAUUGGUGUUUAUAUUUACGAAAUAGUGAUCCCUGAGAAUGGAAGUAACAACACGGCAAAAAUAAUCAGCGGAAGUAGUUAUCACGAAGUACUGGAGCUAGGCUACAGAGGGCCGUGUAUCCAAUCUAAGAAAAUGGCCUGCUACCUACGGCCUCCAUUACUUAAGAUGACCUUACAAGAACACAAAUACAGAUUUUAUGACGAUAAACUAAGCCAAUGAAGCUCGUGUAGCUGCGAGAUCAGAUGACGUCUCUGGAAAACAAUACUCAAGGCUAUUUAGAAGCCAUCAUAAGCCUAAAUAUACAUGAACCAACAACCCAAAAAAUUGGAAAAUGAUUCGGAUCUUCCAUUUCUGUUUAACCUAUUUUGUUAAUUGGUCUUUAUCGGUUGACUUUUUGUUGUGUUUUGUUUCAGAGAGACUUUGGCUCAUAACAUUAACUUACUUUUGGUAUCUAUCGUCACAUAUUUUUUAUUUUAUUAUCUUGGUUAUUUUGCUAAAGCAACAAGCAGAUACUAAGACAGUUCUGAACAAUCUACUAUAAUUCGUCGUAUGAAAUCCUGUACUUACUCAUGAGUUAAAAAAAAAAAAAUUUGCAGAUUGCAUAAUACUUUCUAAUU